GAUAAUCGCUGCUAUGCUGGUAGAGAUCGGUCCCUGCUCGGGGUUAGCGGACCUGUGCAACAUCGCAAAAUUUAUGCUCCGGAGUUAAUUAUCCCCAGCUCACUAACUCCGACCAGUGGCUACAGGCACGGCAGGUAUUGUAGACGGGGAAAACGGAGACAAGCAUGGAGGGAGGUGAAGGCCAUUAGAUUAGGGGAUUCGGAGGGGCUAGGGGAGGGAUACUAGGACGUAUAUAAAAUGUUGGGCUCUCACCAUUGCGACUUUCUUUUGCACUAAGCGAAUCCGGCUGUAUAUACAAUACGCACCAUGGCAUCCUAUUUAGUUACUGGUAGUACUCGUGGGAUCGGCUUCGAGUUGGUGCGCCAAUUAUCAGAAAAGCCUCCCUCAGAAGUCAGCACCAUUAUUGCCACCUCGCGAUCGGUCAAUGUCUCCCUGCAGGAUCUAGCGGACCAGCAUCCCAGCCGAAUCGUGCUAGUCCUCUUAGAUGUUGCAGCCCCCGAGACCAUACAAAAGGCUGCUCAGACCAUUGGGAGCAUCUUAGGAGAUAAGGGACUGGAUGUACUCAUUAACAAUGCUGGCAUCGUGGGCUGGGGCCGGCUUGAGGACAUGACAGACUUGGAAGACACGUUCCGUGUCAAUAUGACUGGUCCGCAUAUCGUAACCCAGAACUUCUUGCCGCUAUUGCGGAAGGGCUCUAUGAAGAAGAUCAUCAACAUUUCCAGCAGCGUCGGCUCCAUUGCAAAGCAGUCCGUCUUCCUGGAACUGCCCGCCCCCUCCUACAAGAUCACCAAGGCCGCUUUGAACAUGAUGACGGUGCUUUAUUCUCAAGAGCUUGAGAAGGAAGGGUUCACCGUCUUCUGCGUGAGUCCUGGGUGGUUAAGAACAGACGAAGCCAAUUCACACGCUGAUCUUCCGGUCGGAAGUGGAGUCGAGCGCGUUUUGGAGAUGAUCCGUGAUCGGGGUGUGGAAGUCAAUGGAAGAUUCUUGAAUAUUAAUGUCGCUGGGUGGGAGAACAACCCUGGACUAAACCAGUAUGAUGGAAAGGAGCUGCCAUGGUAGACCGGAUAGAUGGCUGAUCGAUGGUAGGAGAUAUGUCUCAUGCGUUGUUUAUACUUACCUAUCAAUAGAUGGGCUUGAACAUGCAGUUGCAGGAACUAAACAUCGAACUCCGUGGAAGAGAUAAUGACGCGAUGCGUAAUACUUCGAUAUAGAUACGCAACUGUGUUCUGAUCUGCUAUGCGGGAAAUAGGUCUCCUCAGCUGUGGACUGGAUCGUCCGAUUCCGUGGAGGUUUUCAUCUUAUGGGCUGGGCUGUAUCUCCAGAGAAAAGGCAAUGAUAGCAGGGCAGUCAAGUAGGGUGUCGGUGAAAUUGAUUGAUUGUUUAGCUCUAUUAUAGAUCGGUC